CACAUAUUGGAGAUUCCUGCUUGUGCUAUCAAUAAUCCGGGAAAACAAUCAAAGCUUAAGGAGGUUGUGCUAAAAAUUGUUACUCCAAUGGUUAUUGCAUCCUUUCUGAUAUUCUUGUUGGUUUCAAUUUGGAUGAUGAAACGACAGAAGAAAGGGAAGUCCAAAGAUGUGGAGAAGGUACCGGAGAUCGGGACUCAUCAAUUAGUUUCUUAUCACGAGAUUCAACGAGCAACAAAUAAUUUUGAUGAAUCCAAUUUAAUUGGUGAGGGAAGCUCUGGCUCUGUGUACAAAGGCACAUUGUUUGGUGGAACUGCAGUGGCCAUUAAGGUUCUGGAUUUGGAAAAUGAGCAAGUAUGCAAGAGGUUUGAUACCGAAUGUGAAGUGAUGAGAAAUGUUAGACACAGAAAUCUUGUUCCAGUGAUUACUACAUGUUCUAGUGACUAUAUAAGAGCCUUUGUUCUGCAAUAUAUGCCCAACGGGAGUCUUGAGAAUUGGUUGUACAGAGAAGAUUGCCACUUGAAUCUUCUUCAAAGAAUCACUGUAAUGCUUGAUGCAGCUAUGGCAAUUGAAUAUCUACAUCAUGGUCAUGUCACUCCAAUAGUUCAUUGUGACCUAAAGCCAGCCAACAUUCUUUUGGAUGAAGAUAUGGUGGCUCAUGUUGGUGAUUUUGGUAUCUCUAAAAUUUUAGCCAUAAGCACGUCCAUGGCUUAUACCGAGACAUUGGGCACUCUUGGAUACAUUGCACCAGAAUAUGGCUCGGAUGGAAUAGUGUCUGCUAGUGGCGAUGUUUAUAGUUACGGCAUCAUGUUGAUGGAGAUUUUGACGAAAAGAAGGCCAACAGAUGAAGAGAUAUGCAAUGAAAAUCUUGACUUGAGGAAAUGGAUCACACAAUCAUUUUCAGGGAGUAUGAUGGACGUUGUGGAUGCCAAUCUUUUCUCUGAGGAAGAACAGAUCACUUCAGAAAGUGAAAUCUGCAUUGCGUCCAUGAUAGAAUUGGGUUUAGACUGCACAAAGGAAAUGCCAGAAUCAAGAAUAACCAUGAAAGAUGUAGUGAAGAGGCUUAACAAAAUCAACAACACAUUUUUGGAAACAUAG